AUGGGCGCUACCGUCCUCGUCGUGGGCCUCUUGCUCACCGUCGCCGUCGCGCCUGUCGCUGCGGUCGUUGCAACAAUUUACCUCGAGGCCAACUACAGCGGCUUGUCGCUCGAUAUGGACAUCUUUAGCGGCAACACGAGCCUGCCGUGGACGCUCGGAAUUGCGUCCCUGCGCAUCUUGCCAGGGUACGAGCUCGUGGGGUAUGACGCACCGGCGUUUCAAGGCUACUACAUGGUUUGGGACGCCGACGCGCCGUCGCUCGGGUCGCUCUGGUCGUCGCGCAUCCUGUCGUUCAAGAUUCGCAGCGCAACAAACGACCUCGUGUUGGCGCCCAACAACCUCCAAAACGUCGUCAACGUGUACCAAGCGAGCAAGUUUUCCGGUCAAAUGCGGUCAUUGCCCCUCGGAAAAGAUACUUUCAACUCGCCGCUGGCGCGCGCCGUCAUGUCGAUCAAGGUCACGCCGGGAUACCUCUUUGUCGCGUACGACGGGCCUGACCAGUCGGGCAAGUCGACGUCGUUUGCGGCCGACACGGGCGAUCUCGCGGCGUGGGACGCUCGGAUUCUGUCGUACGACCUUCGCCGAAUCUCCAAUGCGACCGUGACGCCUGCAACGCUCGUGCCACCGCCGCGCCCGUCGACGACACCGGCCCCGACGUCGACCAACGACGAAGCGACCAACUACACAACCAUCAUCAUUGCAUGCACGGCCGCUGUCGUUGUCGUUGUCGGUCUCGUCGGUCUCUGCUUGUUGCGCCGCAUGAAAGCUGCGAAAGCCAAAGGCCCGUCGUCUUCCCAAGGUGCUACAUCGCGCCACAGCCAAGACGAGAGUGCGUCACUGGCCAUCUCGUUUGACGCCAUUUACAAGCUUGCGUUGGACGGCUCGCUGUUGUCUCUUCAGCAGCUCAUUGGCUGUGGCGCGUACGCCGAAGUGUGGCGAGGCUCGUUCCAGUCGCAGCCUGUCGCGGUCAAGACGCUGCUCUCAAACCGCGCAACGAACCAAGGCAUCCAAGAUUUUGUGCACGAGAUUGCACUCAUGGCCAGCUUUGACUCGCCCUACAUUGUGCGCGUCCUCGGCGCGACGUGGCAUCGUCCAUUGGACCUCAAGUGCAUCAUGGAACUCAUGAACCUCGGGGACCUCAAAGACUAUCUGGCGCAUCAUUCGAGUUGUGCAUAUCCGUGGAGCCAGAAGCUCCGAUCGAUUCAAGCCAUUGCCAAUGCACUGGUGUAUUUGCAUUCGCUCAACAUCAUUCAUCGCGAUCUCAAGUCCCGAAACGUGCUCCUCGACUCAAAAAAAGGCACCAAAAUCGUUGAUUUUGGCGUCUCGCGUGAAGACACGAACGCGACCAUGACCACGGGCGUGGGCACGUUUCGGUGGAUGGCCCCCGAGGUCCUUCAGGACAGCUACUACAGCGUCGCUGCCGACAUUUACUCGUUUGGGAUGGUGCUCUCGGAAUUUGACGCGCACCACAUUCCGUACCAGAAUGUGAAAAAUACCAAAACUGGCCUUCCGCUGGUCGACACAGCCAUCAUCGGCGCCGUCCUUAACGGUGCGCUCCGACCCGAGUUUUCGAGCUCGUGCCCUGCGUCCAUCCGCGACCUUGCGCUCCUGUGCUUGGCCCACGACCCGGCCAACCGCCCCACCGCCUACCAAAUCGCAGUCAUGCUCAAGGAGAUCCAGUUGUAG